AUUUCUCUUUCUAAUUUCCAUAUCUAUCUAACCAAAUACAUAGGCCAUAGCCAGUCCUCUAUAUAUACACACACAAUCAAACACACACGCAUUGUUCUUCCAAUACAAGCCCUAGCUUGUGAUCUCCACUCACUGCAAUAAAUACACACGAGAGAGAGUCAGAAAGAGAGAGACAGAGAGAGAGAGAGUGAGAGAGAAAGUGUGGAGAGGAGAGAGAGGAAACGCAGAGAGGGUCGCUGUAUGUCAGAUAGGUGUGGAAGGCAAUUCUACGGUGGAUUUGGUGAGCUUGCUAAUCCUUUGCAAUGGCCGCAGCUAAGAAAACGACGACGUUUCCUUCCUGUCACGAUUCAUCUUCCUCGUCUUCUUCGCCUUCUAUUUCUCGUAAGGCUUCUUCGGAGCUCGUCGACGAUCACUCCAUUUCUCCGGCCGCCAUUGCUUCCCUGAUUCGUACUGAUUCUGUCUCUUCUAGUGCUUCUGCGAAAGGGAUCCCGAUCAUGCUGAGGGCCCAAAGUAGCCAUCCUUUGGACCCUUUAUCUGCUGCUGAAAUAUCAGUAGCUGUAGCAACCGUGAGGGCUGCUGGAGCUACCCCUGAGGUCAGAGAUGGUAUGCGUUUCGUGGAGGUUGUGCUGUCAGAGCCAGAUAAAAAUGUUGUCGCAUUGGCAGAUGCAUACUUCUUCCCACCAUUCCAACCAUCAUUAUUGCCUAGAACAAAAGGAGGAGCUGUAAUUCCUAGUAAGCUACCUGCAAGGAGAGCUAGACUUGUGGUAUAUAACAAGAAGUCGAAUGAGACCAGUGUUUGGAUUGUGGAGCUAUCUGAAGUACAUGCUGCAACCAGAGGUGGACACCAUAGAGGAAAAGUUAUAUCCUCACAAGUUGUUAAAGAUGUCCAGCCACCAAUGGAUGCCGUGGAGUAUGCUGAAUGUGAAGCAGUUGUGAAAGAGUAUCCUCCUUUUAGGGAAGCCAUGAAAAAGAGGGGCAUUGAGGAUAUGGAUCUUGUCAUGGUUGAUGCCUGGUGUGUUGGUUAUCAUAGUGAUGCUGAUGCUCCUAGCCGCAGACUGGCCAAACCACUUAUAUUUUGUAGAACAGAAAGUGACUGCCCGAUGGAAAAUGGCUAUGCACGUCCGGUUGAAGGCAUUUAUGCGCUUGUUGAUAUGCAAAACAUGGUUGUGAUUGAGUUUGAAGAUCGAAAACUCGUUCCCUUACCUCCUGCUGAUCCGUUGAGGAACUACACUCCUGGUGAAACAAGGGGAGGGGUUGAUCGAAGUGAUGUGAAGCCCUUGCAAAUUGUUCAGCCCGAAGGGCCAAGUUUUCGCGUUAGUGGACAUUACAUAGAGUGGCAAAAGUGGAAUUUUCGAAUUGGUUUCACUCCUAGAGAGGGUUUAGUUAUACAUUCCAUUGCUUAUGUUGAUGGAAGUAGGGGGCGAAGGCCCAUUGCUCAUAGGUUGAGUUUUGUGGAGAUGGUUGUACCCUAUGGCGAUCCAAAUGAUCCUCAUUACAGGAAGAAUGCAUUUGAUGCAGGGGAAGAUGGCCUUGGAAAAAAUGCUCACUCACUUAAAAAGGGCUGUGAUUGCUUAGGAUAUAUCAAAUACUUUGAUGCCCAUUUCACAAAUUUUACGGGAGGAGUUGAUACGAUUGAAAAUUGUGUAUGCUUGCAUGAGGAGGAUCAUGGCAUCCUUUGGAAGCAUCAGGACUGGAGAACUGGCUUAGCUGAAGUGCGGAGAUCCAGGCGACUCACAGUUUCUUUCAUAUGUACAGUUGCUAACUAUGAAUAUGGUUUCUAUUGGCACUUCUAUCAGGAUGGAAAAAUUGAGGCGGAAGUUAAACUUACUGGAGUCCUCAGCUUAGGAGCAUUGCAGCCAGGGGAGGUUCGAAAAUAUGGUACAACAAUUGCUCCUGGACUGUAUGCACCAGUUCACCAGCACUUUUUUGUUGCUCGGAUGGAUAUGGCUGUUGAUUGUAAGCCUGGAGAAGCAUUUAAUCAGGUUGUUGAGGUUGAUGUUAAAGUUGAAGAAGCUGGGAAGGACAAUGUCCACAACAAUGCUUUCUAUACUGAAGAAACAGUUCUUAAAUCUGAAUUGCAAGCAAUGCGUGAUUGCAAUUUUUCGUCUGCUCGCCAUUGGAUUGUUAGGAAUACAAGGACAGUGAAUAGGACUGGACAGCUAACUGGCUACAAGUUGGUGCCCGGUUCUAACUGUCUUCCUCUGGCUGGUUCUGAGGCCAAAUUUUUGCGAAGGGCUGCAUUCUUAAAGCAUAAUCUCUGGGUUACACCAUACACACGCGAUGAGGAUUUUCCAGGAGGAGAAUUUCCUAAUCAGAAUCCACGAGUUGGCGAGGGCUUGGCUUCCUGGGUAAAGCAAAACCGAUCUCUGGAGGAAACAAAUAUAGUUCUCUGGUAUGUGUUUGGAAUCACCCAUGUUCCUCGAUUGGAAGACUGGCCUGUUAUGCCAGUAGAACGUAUUGGUUUCAUGCUUCAGCCACAUGGGUUCUUCAACUGCUCACCUGCUAUAGAUGUCCCUCCAAAUCCAUGUCAGUUGGAGGCAAAAGACAGUGAUACUAAAGACAAUGGACAAGCGAAGCCAAGUCCAAGUGGAUUAAUAGCUAAACUGUGAUGGGAAAUUGCUGCCAACUCAAAACCUACCUGCUGAUUGUCAUUGCAUGAGAGUGGUAUAAUUGUCCUAGCUGUAUGUCUUUGCCGAACAAAUAUCUACAGUAUCAGAUAUGGAAAACCCCUUCUCUGGUACAUAUAUGAAUAUCCUCGGAUUGUCAUGUGAUCUACAUCUAUCUGUGUAAUUUGAUUUCUCUUCCUGUGUGAAAAUGUUGUGUUUUUUACACCUUGAGUAUGUUCUUCUGUGCCCUUAGAGAUUUGUAAGAUAGAUAAACCCCUAAUGUGUAAUGAUUUGCAUACCUUAAUGGUCUUUGUUUUCAUCAAA